UUUAUAAAACUCAGCAGCUAGCCACAUCUAUCAGCCGCAAUAUUGCUUAGUCGUUGCUGUCGCCCCUUCGAAACUGGCAGUCGUCACUGGAAAGUGGUCGACUGCUGGGGGCUGCUCCUGACUGUGGUCCAGCUCCAACCUUCGCUACUGUCAGACCUCCUGUUGGCGUUCGGAUAGCCUCCGGUGAUGGUUCUGCAAUUUCCACCAUGGAGACAUGACUCCGAACUGGCCAUGAUUCGCGACUGGUUCUUCCCGGACCAUGCGAAACACGACGUGUUCUCAGCCCCUAUACAAGAUAUGAGACAGCGAGCCAUCGACAAGGUCAACCUUUGGCUCUUCAAGGCGGGUCAGCUACCUGCCGCAAUUGUAGCCACCGCCGGUCUGACUGAGGCUCUCUUGCAUGAUGACCAGGAAAGACCGGCAAGGGGCAUCUCAGACUCGGCCAUGCAAAGUAUCUACGCCAUGGCGUUUGCAAGGUUUGUCAACGGCUUUGUUGAUCGCGAUGUCGCCCGUUCGCACGCAGCCGAGAUGGCCCUCAAAGAGGAUGGAUCCGAGGUCGAAGAGGAGGUGCUGCCAUCAAAGGGCGAAAAUUCGAUGUAUGCUCAUGCAGUUACUAUCGGCUUGCCACAAAAAUUCGUCGAUCUACGACACCAGGUCGCGCACGGGAAUAUGCCAAACGUGUAUUAUAUGAGGCAGAUGACUCUGCAAGCGUUGGCAUGGCUGUGGGAAAGAUGGUGGGUUAAGAGCGUCACUGGCGAUCCGAGCAAGGCAUUGAGAGAGGUUGAAGAGCGGAGACGCAUUUCGAGAGAAGCAGCUGAACGUGAGGUGACGACUCACUCGAACCUUUAUGGCUAUGGUCCUAAAUCUAUGGACGGCCUAUGCAGAGAGGCGCUGCAAGAGGAAACAUCAGAGGCUGUCUCAAGGAGUGACCAGGAGGGUCGUCCUCAAAGACCUGGAACCGCGCAAAAGCGAAAAGCUAGAGUACUUGAGGAAGCCUUCUAGAUCGGAUACCCAAAUGCACUAAUUCUUCGUUCCUGCUAAAACCUCGCAUCGUGCAUGCAGCGAGUCAUUGAUGCUCCAUUGUUAUGUGAUACAGCAAUUGCAGAAGUACAACACUCUCGGCCAUGGAUUCCGCGGCAGGCUUGGAGUGACGCCGCCAAGGCUGAUGCCACCCCUACGAAUCUUUUUCUUGGAGAUGCAA